AUGGAAGACGAGUGCGACGAUGAUCCCUUCGACGAUCCGUUCGGUGAUGCUCUUCACGUAUCGUCCGGGCUCCAGGAGACACGUGACUCCAGCGAUUCCAGGAGACACGUGACUCCAGCGAUUCCAGAUAAUGUUGAAGCCUCUCUACCAACUCAUCGGAGAAGCCUUGGAGCAGCUUUCGACAACGUGAGUGUAAAGUCACGCUGGGUUCAAUCGUGUACCGAGAUGAUACAACUCGCACUCGAUCCGGAGUUUACGUUCGAGCCUGAUGAAGCCGCACACAUCACAGACGCGCUCGACAAACUUCAACGUUUCAUGCACAACUUGAAGACACACAGAGAGAUGUCUCAAAACAUGUCCAAGAAUAGCAAAAUGGACGGCGAUGGUGUGCUCGGUAUGUCGAACCUGGUUGCGAUUCCUAUGAGAGGCGCGGCGGGUGAUACGGCGUUGAGCAGGAAGAGGGGCUGGCACGAGAAGAUGGUCGAUGAACACAAACGCAAGGCAAGCAAAGGCGAGCAAAUUAGCAUUAGUAAGUACCUCGUAGAUGUUGUAGAAUCAAACUUUUAG